AUCUACGCGUGUAGUAGACCGACGUCGUAGAGCUCUGUCUGACAGGUUAGCAUCAUGGCUAGCAUCUGAAAAACACCUCCGGACAGACGCGUCUGCGCACUGCUACCCGCUGCCGACGGCGACGGCGGACUGAGGAAUAAGGAUGGGGUCCCGAAUCAAGGAGAGCCCUGAGUCCACUUUUGAGGUCUAUCUGGAGGUAGCCCACCCAGGCACACACAGCUCUGGGCCGGAGGUGCAAAGGCAGUACCCUGAGGACUACACAGACCAGGAAACUCUUCAGACUGUGCCCAAGUUCUGCUUCCCUUUCAGCAUGGACAGCCUGACAGUCAACCAGGUCGGACAGAACUUCACAUUUGUGUUGACUGACAUUGAAAGCAAACAGAGAUUUGGCUUCUGUCGCCUUUCCUCAGGUGCACACACCUGCUACUGCAUUCUCAGCUACCUGCCCUGGUUUGAAGUCUUCUACAAGCUGCUUAAUAUCCUCGCAGAUUAUACUAUCAAAGGCCAGGAAAGCCAAUGGCAGGAGCUCCUGGUGUCACUACAUACGCUCCCUAUCCCUGAGCCCGGAGUCCCCGUUCAUCUUGGUGUGCAUUCUUUCUUCACUGUGCCUGACACAGGGGAACUCCCCAGCAUACCUGAGAAUAGAAACCUAACAGAGUACUUUGUAGCAGUAGAUGUCAAUAACAUGCUUCACCUGUACGCUAGUAUGCUUUAUGAACGUCGAAUCCUCAUCUGCUGUAGCAAACUAAGCACUUUAACAGCUUGUGUCCACGGGUCUGCAGCCAUGUUGUAUCCAAUGCACUGGCAACAUGUUUACAUUCCUGUCCUGCCUCAACAUCUAUUAGACUACUGCUGUGCUCCAAUGCCCUACCUCAUCGGAGUACAUUCCAGCCUGAUGGAGAAAGUUCGAGGGUUGGCUCUGGAUGAUGUGGUGGUCCUCAAUGUGGACACAAACACCCUGGAAACCCCCUACGAUGACCUCCAAAGCUUGCCCAAUGAUGUGGUUUCGUCUUUAAAAAGUCGUUUGAAGAAGGUUUCAACAACAACUGGAGAUGGUGUGGCUCGUGCCUUCAUCAAGAGUCAGGCGGCUCUGUUUGGCAGCUACAGAAACGCUCUGCAGAUUGAGCCGGGUGAGCCGAUAACGUUUAAUGAAGAAACCUUCAUCAAUCACCGUUCCAGUGCCAUGAGACAGUUCCUCCAGAAUGCCAUCCAGCUGCAGCUCUUCAAACAGUUCAUUGAUGGCCGUUUGGACCUGUUGAACUCAGGAGAAGGGUUCAGUGACAUCUUUGAGGAAGAGAUCAACAUGGGCGAAUAUGCAGGCAGUGACAAGACCUACCACCAGUGGCUGUUCACUGUGAAGAAAGGGGGCGGGGCUAUCUUCAACACGGUGAAGACCAAGGCCAACCCAGCCAUGAGGACCGUUUACAAGUUUGCUAAGGACCAUGCUAAAAUGCGUAUCAAGGAAGUCAAGAGCCGGCUUAAGCAGAAGGAGCAGGCAGAAAACGGCUUCUCCACGGCAGGCUCAGCGGUCAUUGAUGAUGACAGCACGGGGGGCUUCACCUCGUCCACCGGGGCAGUCAGGAGGGAGGCGCCACUGCGAACCUUGGAGGACCACAGGCCAAUCACUGUGCACUUUGGACAGGUGGGCAGAAAUGAGGCUCGGCCACCAAUCCUGUUGAAGAGGCCAAGCAGCAAUGUGAGUCUGGAAAGCAGCGUUGACCACUCUAUCCGUCCUACUCGUCACUACACCGUCUUUCUUUCUGAGGAUUCGUCCGGAGACGAGCUCCAGUACGACGAUGACUCCAUCUCUGGGUUUCCUGACAGCUUUCUCUUCUCCGUCCCUUUUGAGUGGUCGCCUCUGCCACAGCCGUACCGCUCCCUGAAGGAGGUUGAGUUGAUAGAAGGGGAUGAUCCUGGUUUCGGGGCAGAGAGUCACACUGCCCCUCCCAGCCCAGUUACUGAGAAGUUCUCCAAUAUCAACCUGCUGGGAGACAUCUUCGGCUGCCAGGACGAGCCUGAUAGCCAACCCAUGACCUUAGCUAAAAGUCUGGAGGACCUGAGGACCCCCAAAGACUCUGAGGAGCUACAAGCGAAGUUCAACUACCAGCGGAUGGACCUGAGUGUUAGUGAACACUCGCGGACGCUUCCAGGCCUCAAGCUGUCCAACCCCUACAAUAAGCUGUGGAGUAUGGGGCAGGAUGAAACAGCCUUGCCCGUUUGUGUGCCUCCUACCUGCGAUAGACCUCCACCUGUCCAACUUCCUGUGCAGACGGACACCCAGUCUCCGAACCGCGAACUCUCUGGCCUGGGCCCCGACCCUUUGGACCCUUCCACCCCCGGCAACAUCACCAUUCCACGCCCCCACGGAAGGAAGACACCUGAGCUUGGCGGUGUCCUGGCACCCCCUGUGGCCCAAUCACGCUCUAAACCAGGAGGAGCUAGUGAAGGAGGGACUACAUCAGGGGGGCAAGAGUUUAGGCAAGCCCUGAGCAUGAGCACAGACGAAGACCUGCUGAAGCCCACCAAGGCCACUGAGGACAACAUAGAUCUGAUAAGCCUUCUAGACCCCCUUAACAGCUCAGCACCAACUAGUUCCACUUCACUGAGUGAUGGGGUAGAUCUUGGUGUGUCAUCAUCUUCCUGCAAACCAACACUACCACCCAGGUCUUACCCACAAGGGUUGCCUCCUUUCCCACUACAUCCUCACAUAUCACUGAACCCUUUUGCCCAGUCUCUGCAGCACACCUCCCCUCAAAUGCAUUACUCACCGACUGUAAGUGGGAAUCCCUUCAGCGCAGUCUAUGGGCCUCCCCCAGGUUCUUACUUACACACUCCACCCCAGCCACAAUCCUUUUCUACGUUACCGGGGCUCUACAGACAGCCUUCACCCAGCAGUUCAACUCUGCCACCCAGCUACGGACUGCUCCAGCCAGCCUUCCCCCCCUCCGUCACCUCCCUGCCUCACUCCUCCGCCAGUAAUCACGCUCUUUCCAGCCUGGCAGACUCGACUUCUGUCCCUAGCUCAGCUGUGAACUUACUGGCAAAGCCACUUCGUGCUGAGGGAGACAGCCAGACGACUCAGGAUCCUUUUGGGGAUCUGCUGACUAUGGCCAAGCCAGCUACACCCCAAAAAAAGAAGGUGGAGGACCUUCGGAGGAGGUGGGAAACAUUUGAUUAAAACCUGUGAAUGUACUGAGGUGUCCCUCUGUCACUACCCACACUUCCCUCACUAACAUAUCCGGACCUUCUGUUGCAGUUAAUGCCGCAUUGCUCUAAUACACUCUACUCUGCUUCUGCAACUAACAUUCAUAGAAGAAAUGUAUAUAAUAUUUUCAUUUGAUCACAACCCCAUGUUCUAUUGUGUUGACAGUCAGAAAUGUUUGAGCUACUGCCAUUGGAUGUAUUUCCAUUCCAUUAUUACCUCUCUAUAUAGUUGUUUUUAUUGUUAUUAUGGAAGUCUGCCUGCUCAGUGCAGGAUUAAAAUUUUGUUCCCCGCACAAGAGGGAUUAACAGGAAACUAUGCAUGCACCUACUGCACAUUAAGCAAAAGACAACACAGGAUCAUCGACAUAUAAAGAUGGAUGACAUGAGAUGGACGACAUGAGAGCUCUCCAAAAUGAAGCCAAAACAUCCCCAACCACUGAUGUAUGUUCAAGUGUUCCUUUUUUCUAAUAUGUUUGGUUUUAAUCAGUUAUUUCAAGCUAUAAUAUCGCGGUGCCAACCCCAAUCACUACUGCGCAGACUUGCAAAAGAUGGCAUCUAGAUAUUUGGGCUUCAUUUCUGUAAAGAAGGAGGAAGUGCAGAUGCAACGUCCAUCUUUUAUAUGUCGAUAGACUGGAUCGUUGGCAUAGUCUUACUGUGUCAGAUGCCAUUGUUGACAGACUACUUUAAACAAAGACACAAUGAAUGCUCUAUGGUCACAGUUUGUUUGGCUGGGCUGUAAACCAAUACACCAGUUGCAUUUCUGACAGGGUAGCUGCUCAAGGUGUAUUACUGCCCCCAGGGGUUAAUUAAGGUGUAAUUUGACUUCCCAUAGAGUGCUGCAACAACAAGUUCCCUCUCCUCAAAGUCAAUGGGUUUUUUGUAUUGAUUUUGGUUUGAAGCCUGAAAUAAGGUCAUUUAAGAGAUUUUGAGAUUUUCAAGUUUUGUUGUACAACAAAAAAUCCAUCAGUAAAUACCCCAGCUGUGAAUUUUGAAGCGGUCUUAAAAAGAAGUGGUUGAAUGAGACUACUGAGGUUGUCGGUGACAUUAAAACAAGGAGACUUAUCUUCUCAUUAGUCUGCCAUUACAGCCUAGUUGUGUUUAUACUCGCACUCUGUAAACUAUACAACUGAAACUUUACAUUUUAGCAACACGUUAGAAAUGUUAGCUUUUUAUUCUAGCAAUCAUAUUUACCCUUCAAAAAUCAAGUAGUGUUCAUUUGUGAAGAUUAUCUUGCUGAACAAAAUAACCUUAUGACCUUAUAAACCUUUGUUGCAACAGAGUUUAUGUUCUGCAGUAAUCCAAAAUCCAAUGAAUAAAAAUCCCAUUGGCUUUUACUUUUGGAACCUGCACUACAAAAACACAUCACCACUGCAGCACUCUAUAACUACCAGUAGAAAUGUAAUCUAAACUUCAAAUAAAUAGCUUUUAUUACCAAAACAUAAACAAAUCUUUACUCUGGUGAGAUUAUAUAUCAUUUGCUGCGACAGAAGGUCCUGAUCCAGUUGGUAGGAACACUCAUACACCCUACAACACGUCCCCCACCCAUCACCAUCAGCUCUGCUGCCGACCACUGACAAACAGGAGCGUGUGUCCGGUGGACAAAUGGAGCUUGUGUGGACUGCUGCCAGCACACCACUCUUGAACCACCCGUUCGCUGUCCAAGGAUCGUCUGAAUCUGGAUAUUUCGUUUCGUUUUCCCGCCACGCUCCCCCGGAAAACACACAGAAAGCAGGCCUUGCUUCAAGACGUUCAGAUGCCAACAGCCCAUCACUAACAAUGUUUUGCACAGCAGUCCCUCAUUCCCUCUGUCUUCAAUGCCACCACGUUAGCGUGGUGCUCAGUGUAGAUUUGUGACUUAAACAGCACGCAGUAUUUCCUGAGAGGAUAUAUGUCACACCCACAACAGCAUAUGUCUUAAUGAUGUCAACUUGUACGAUUAGCUGGUAUUAUUAGCAGUAGCUAGUCUGCUGUAGUUGAUUGACAUCCUAAUGGAAUUAUGGUAGCUACAAAGUGUGGUGAAUCUCAUUAGCUCACUGUUGAUGUUUUGGUAGCUUCAUGCACAGUGAUUUUGUUUCUUUGGCCUUCAUGGUGUGAAUCCUAUCUCUGGCCUCUCUCUGACCUGUGAAAAUGUGUCGCCUCCUACUGUUUUUAAAAAAAAAGAAACUUUUUUAAGAAAAUCUGCAAGCCUACAAUAGACUGUAAUGUCCCUAAAAUGAUUUUAAACAUUUGUCGAAUUAAAUAUACGGGGAUACAUGAAACAUAUUAUUGUAUAUCUGUUGUUUUAAAGGCUCUUUUCGCCAGUUUUGCUGCUGAUAUAUGCACUAAUGAUUUUCUUCUGUUGGUUUUUAGUGGAGUAUUUCUUUGAUGACAGUGAUCCGCUGUUGAGUUCCAGGCUGCUUACACUUUGUGAUGUCAAGUGUGCAUAGAGAGCAGACAUAAUGGUUCUCACUUAUUUUUGCCACCGGUUUCUAUAGCAGCUGUUCUCCAACAACACAGAUUGUGUGGGUGUCACCUGUACUGCUUCACAGAUGAUCUUGUGCGUUCAUGCGUGGUGAAAGCCAACAGAGUCCUAAUCGCUUUAAUGUGUGUGUGUGUGUGUGUGUGUGUGUGUGUGUGUGUGUGUGUGUGUGUGUGUGUGUGUGUGUGUGUGUGUGUGUGUGUGUGUGUGUGUGUGUGUGUAAAGAGUAAGUAAAGAUUACAUUAUAUUUGCUCUAAGACUGAUUAAAGAGUGGUGACUAGUAUCCUCCUGCUCUUGGCUAACAAUACAAUUAUUUCAUGAUAACAUGUCAGCUUCAAUUGAUUAAAAUUCCACAACUGAUAUGUGAUACGGACAUGUUCAUUACAAUGUUACCCCCCCCCCAGUGACCAUCUGUCUGUUGGCCCAGAUCCAGAAAUCUUGUUCACUGCUUCGUAUUCACAUGCCAUUUAAUUUAUGACCCCCACACAUUGAUUCCUGAUUCAUUUAACUUGUAAAGCCCCAUCCUUUCCUCUAGUACCACUAUCAGAUAUUUCCACUUGCUAAACAAUUGACCCUUCCUAUGUCCCGCCCCUUUUUGUUCUCUGCUCCAAUAGCAUUUUGGAAAGCCUCAGUCAGAACCGUGGUCAUCUUCCUCCUGUCCUGUACUUAGAUAUGCUAUGUGCUAUGUUAAAGAGGCAAUCACAUUUUGAAGAUGGUUAAAAUAUAAAAGUGACAUAUAUAGUCAUAUCUUAAGUUUUCUAAUGAAACAUUUUGAUACAGAGCAAAAUGCUAGCUUACUACCAAGCUAAUCUACAUCAGUUGUUAGCUACGUAGUUACAUCUGAAAGCUACGUUUAGCCAAGAAAAGGAUCUUAUUAGCUAGCUAAUUUACAUCAGUUGUUAGUUAACUUAAGAUGUGACUAUAUGAUGUUUUUAUCUUUUAACCAUCUUUACAAUGUGGUUGUCUUUUCAACCUAGAUUAGCUUAGCAUGUAGCAUAUCUAAGUACAGGAAAGGGGGAAGUUGAGGAAGGGGCGGGACCUAGGCUUGGGGACUUUGGUCCAUGACAUUGUACAUAAAAAGAAAGGUCUUUAGGGACCAUGACUUUGGGGUUCUCAGAGGAUGAAAGAGUGUUUUGUGACUCUGACCGUUUCUUUAGCACCACCGUCACACCAAAAUGUCCACUUGUACAGAAGAAAUAUUAAAAUCAAUAACAAAAUCUACAA